GACGUUGUACCCAAUCGGAAUUCACUAAGUGGUGACGUAGCCGCGUUCCCAUACUGACCAACUUAGGCACUGUGUUUUGUCCGACUUUUAAAACAACUUCUUUAGUGUAAAGUGUUGCUGUUUUUUCGGACAAAGCUCUUCCCAUCGGCGGAACAGAGGAGUUUGGAAUGCGCAGAAAAUGGACAGAAACACAGAUACAUCAAAGUUGGCUGUGAGCAGUCCGGAUGAUCGUGCGUGGUCAGGGUGCGUCGUGUUGUUCCUGCGCUGCUGCAGUCCAGAACCUGAUCUUCUGUCCUUCUACAAAGACCAGCAGGAGAAGUUCAGCGUCUUCAAGACCAUUAAACUCACUCUGACAGAUGUUGCAGGUGGACUCGAUGGUUAUGAAAUCCUCAAGCUGCAUGACGCUGAUCCGUUCCUGGGAGUGGAGCUGAAGUUCAUGGACGUCAUUCCCUGUAGGCGUUUCCUGGACAGCUACAUGUGCGGCUCGCUGCUUCAGAGCCUUUCCCAGCAUGCAUCACGCCUGCUCUCGCUUCCCGACAGUGUGGGCGUGGAGACCAUGCUGAAGGCAGGAACACACACCCUGGACCACAGCCUCCGAGAUCUAGAACUCUGUCUACAGCUCAUAUACCAGUCUCAGCCCGUGCGUUUGCGGGAUGACGAGGUCACGCAGCUCGAGCAGCAGCUACAGAACAGCUACAUUCCCCCCGUCCAGAAGGAAGUGCCCAAGAACUGCUUCCUGUUCCAGAAACGGCUGUUCGACGACAGGCCUCUGACGGCCGCGGACCAGCAGCGCUUCGCUUCUCACGUGGGCCGCGACUGGAAGCGAGUGGGUCGGGCGUUACAGAAGAACUGCCGGGCGCUGAAGGGGGCGGCCAUCGACAAUCUCGCCUACGAGUAUGAGAGGGAGGGGCUUUACGAACAGGCCUAUCAGCUACUCGGACGCUUCAUCCAAUCAGAGGGCAGGAACGCCAGGCUGGGGCGUCUCAUCAGCGCGCUGGAGGAAGCCAAGCUGAUCAGCAUGGCCGAGAUCAUGUUGGACAUUCAGCCCCGAGAGUGAGGGGCUCGAACUGUGUGUGUGUGUGUGUGUGUGUGUGUGUGUGUGUGAGAGAGAGAGAGAGAGAGAGAGAAAGAGAGAGUGUGUGUGUGUGUGUGAGAGAGAGAGAGAGAGAGAGUGACUGGGUCUGGUACCUAAAAGUGUAGUGUUUUUUUUUUGUUUGUUUGUUUGUUUUUUCUAGUUUCAUACAACCUUUUUAAAAAUGCCGCAUUGUCCAUAUGAAUUUGAGGUGAAAGAAUAUAGGGCUGUUAGUUACAAUAGCGGGAGAGUUUAAAACAUCCUGGUGCUCGUUACACGGCCGACCGCUUUCACUCCCGUUAGUCCGUUUCAGAGCGGAAUCCGAAUCACCGCGAGUCUGAUUCGUUUGGUUUGAUUCGUUUGGUUUGGUUCACCUUGACACUGCAAAUCAUGAAACAAACUUCAACAUCUCGUAAUUUUCAUAAAACUCGUUCAUUCUUUCGUCGGAAAAACAACGACGGAGAAAUAGUUAAAAAGAAACCUUUACCAAAUAUGGGAGUGUACACAUCGCAAAAAUCACCCGAGCACGGCGAACACGGAGUCAUCCCUGAAUGAAUUAAAUGUUUUAAUUUUUUUAUAUAUAUAUAUAUAUAUAUAUAAUUAUAAUUAUAUAAAUACCGAGUUUUUAAUUUUGUGAUUUUGUGUGUCAUAUGCCGCUUCUCAAAUCCUCGCAACACAGGGCAUUUCUGCAGCACAAUCGAGCGACGUGUCUGAUUCACUUCCUGCAGCGAGUCGAUUCAGAGUCGAAUCACUUUCUGACUCUGAAUCGGAUCGACAGCACCUCGCUCAGACGCUCUCGGACCCGAGUGUGUUCUCAGCUGACUAAAGAACCGCAGCGAGGAGGAGAACACACCAGGGUUCUGUUCAAACUCGUUAAGCGUCCUUAACGAUGACGCGAGCUUCGAAGAACGAACAAAUCCGAGUCACGUCAGUGUUUGUUUUUUUUUUUUUUGCAUUCAGAAUUUCUGACUUGAACCGUCUUUAUCAUGAAAAACCGCACAUGUUUCUGUGUGUGUGUGUGUGUGUGUGUGUGUGUGUGUGUGUGAGAGAGAGAGAGAGAGAGAGAGAGAGAGAUAUCACAAACAUCCCACAGCUGUUUUUUCUCUAAUGACGAUCCCAUGCUCUCCACUUCCUGUUUUCUUUCAAACACAAACUGUUUCAUCUUAGCAGGUUAAUAAUCAAAGUUCUUCAGACAGAGAUGAAUCAUGUGUGUGUGUGAGUGUGUGUGAGUGUGAGUGUGUGUGAGUGUGUGUGAGUGUGUGUGAGUGUGUGUGAGUGUGUGUGAGUGUGUGUGAGUGUGUGUCAGGAACAAGAUCAAGAGCCAGUGUUCUACAUUUUUAACCGAAAGCAUUUUUUAAAAAAAAAUGAAAAAACGCGCAAUCCAGAAACGUGGAACAAACUUUCACGAGCACAUUCCUGUCUGCUGCGACGCCAUGUUCAGCGCUGUGUAUCCGUCCACACGAGUGUGUGUGUGUGUGUAGAUAAAGAUUCAGAUUUAAAUCCUGCCUGGGCUUUAAUACGGAACUGAUUCUCUGCGUACGCACCAGAUGAACCGUGUGUAAAUGAAAUGUUUCGUAUGAAUCGGUGUGUUUCUGUGAGUUGUUAUUAGUUUAACGAUUAGAUUUCACACCUGCAUGUUCGGUACACAGGAAGCAGAGAGGUCUUUAGGUCUUUAGAAUCAUAAAUACUUUGGUAUUAUUUGUAAUUGAUGACUAGCAACGUAAAGAAUUACAAUCAGAUGACCAAAGUGUCGAAUAUUCAAACCAAAUACGUACAAAAUACCAAAAAAUAUGCAGUGAAAUUAUACAUAAAGUAUAACUAGCGCUUUAAAAAAUUCCUGAGGUGCCAAUAAUUGUGACGUUUUUUUUUUUUUUUUCUUAAUAAAUUCAGAUAAAGGUUAGAUUUUUCCUCCUAUUUUCACCAGCAAAUUAAACACAAGAACAUUUUAUAAUUUUUUUUUACCCCUCUUUACCAAGGGUGCCAAUAAUUCUGGAGCUGACGGUAGUUUAAUUAAAAUUUUGGUAAAAAAAUUAACAUCGUGUCUCCAUCCGUCAGUUCUAUAAACGUUAGCUGAGAGUAUCGGAUGUUAUUUAGUGCAUGCUGUGACAGCAGGGUUUUUAAGAAUAACUCAAAUCAUAAAAAAAAUAAAAAGUCACACUUGCUGUAAAUAUAAAUACGAUGCUGCACUGAAUUGUGGGAAACACGGACCUGAUGCCGAUACGAUUCGCUACGAGUGUAAAAAUAAUUCAAUAAAAAUGUAAUAAGUCAACUAGUAAUAAUAUGAAAAAUACGAGAAGCAUCUACAUCCUGUGUGUGUGUGUGUAUGUGUGUGUGUGUGUGUGUGUGUGUGUGUGUGAGAGAGAGAGAGAGAGAGAGAGAGAAAUUUUUUUGUUUGUUUGUUUGUUUUUUUUUUUACCUUUUUUUUCCCUCAUGACCGUGAAUGUCUUUCACUGCUCGAUAUGAAGUAUUUUUUCCUCAAUAAAUGUUUUCAUGUUUGUAGAACAA